AUGGAUAAUGAUGAUGGCUUCGAAUAUUUAUUCAAAAUCGUGCUCAUCGGCAAUAUGGGUGUCGGAAAAACAUGCGUAGUGCAGCGAUUUCGAAACGGAACGUUCGUUGAUAGGCAAGGUAGUACGAUUGGCGUAGAUUUCACAAUGAAAACCCUUGUUGUUGAUGGAAAACGUGUGAAACUGCAAAUAUGGGAUACGGGUGGUCAGGAGCGAUUUCGGACCAUCACUCAAUCUUAUUAUCGUUCCGCUAAUGGAAUUGUUCUUUGCUAUGAUAUUACUUGUAAAGAAUCAUUUGCUAGUCUUCAACGUUGGAUCGACGACGUUUCCAAAUUUGCAGCGCCGAAUGUUGUCAAAUUAUUGAUUGGCACGAAGAGUGAUCUCGAGGAGCAUAGAGCCGUGGAGCAAGAUGAAGCUGAAAUGCUCCAACGGGCAAAUGGAAUGUUUGCUCAUUUGGAAACGAGCGCGAAAAAUAAUUUCAACGUCGAUAAUGCGUUUUUGGAACUUGCCACAAUACUCAAACGACAAUACGACCAAGGUGUGCACGAGAUUGGAAAUGCUGGAAGUUUUCAGCUUGGUUCUGGCGGCUCCACGAGAAUCGGAACCACGUGGAGCAAUUGCUGUCAGUUUUAA